CUUUCACUUGCACACACUUGACGUUUGUACCUCAAAUACCCCCUAUUAAUUCCCUUCACCCUCCCCCUCGUACUUCUCCAACUCUCUUCUUUUUUAUUUUACACACUUCUCUCUCUCUCUCUCUAAUCAACAUUAUUCACUAAUUUCUCACGCGCCAUUAACAAAGAUAUGGUACAAGCAAAGAAGUUCAGAGGAGUCAGGCAACGCCAGUGGGGCUCCUGGGUGUCAGAAAUUCGCCACCCUUUACUGAAGAGAAGGGUGUGGCUAGGGACAUUUGAGACAGCUGAGGCAGCAGCAAGGGCAUAUGACCAAGCAGCCAUUUUGAUGAAUGGUCAGAAUGCAAAGACCAAUUUCCCCACCUCAAAGAACCAAGCUGAAGCUGAUCAUGACAACAACAACACUUUCUUAUCUCCAAAAGCUCUUUCAGAACUACUCAGCACAAAGCUGAGAAAGUACUGCAAAGACCCUGCUCCUUCCCUCACUUGCCUGAGGCUAGAUGCUGAUAAUUCCCACAUUGGAGUGUGGCAAAAAGGGGCAGGACCACAUUCUGGCUCCAACUGGGUCAUGAGGGUAGAGCUUGGAAAGAAACAAAUUAUAACCGAGGGUGAGUCAACGGGGUCACCCCAAAGUACUAAUAUUGGUGCUGUUGAAAAUAAUGAAGUAGAAGUAGAAGUAGAAGUAGAAGAAGAAGAAGAAGAGGAUAGAGUGGCUUUGCAGAUGAUUGAAGAACUACUCAAUUGGAACUAGAAGAAGAAAUUAAAAAGGCGAAUCUUAAUCCCUGUCAUAUAUAGUUCUUGAAUAGUAAUCCCUUUUUCAUGCUAUAUAUAUAUAUCCUUUUCAAUUCGUUUACUUUUGUGUUUUCUGUAAAAAUAUAUGUUUGUCAAAGUGCUGAUAUCUAUAUAUGUGAUGAUGGCCAGUUUGAUAGUUACUUAUAUAAUACACUUUUUUAAAAAUAUUGUGAUUGGUGGUAAUUAAGCAUCAGAAGUUGGAUCAAACUAGGAACAAGGAAAAGGAAAUUUGUAUGUCAACUUUUAUUAUUCCUUCCAAGUAAAGCAACGCCGGGGAAAGAAUCAGCCACAGGUUACUUCCAAACCAUAUAUAUAUAUAUAUAUAUAUUCCUGUAGACAUGCAUGGCUUAACAGGUUACUUCCCAUUCAUAAUUGAAGCAAUUAUUGUAAGAAUUCUACUUUCAAAACCGCAACAUAUAUAUCUCUCUUCUGAGUCCUGAUCCUUCAGCACCGCCUAUGUUUUUUCCUCUUUGAGCUUAGUAGAUAUAUAUGUCUGCCUCUUUCCUAAACCCAUCAUGUUACUGUACCCUGUAUCUUAUAUUAUCUGUAGGUGUUUAUACUAAGUGAUGAAAUAUAGAUACAGCUGUAUUAUCAGACAUUAAUAUGUAAUAUUUCUUUUUAUC